CAAAAAGAAACUCCUAGUAAAGUUUUAAUGGCCAAGUUACCUCGAUUGAUUCGAUGUUAUAAUCCGACUUUCAAAUUCAAACCUAGCACUUUAUCACAAUAUCCCAGAAAUAACCUCGACUCCAUUUAUCCUAAAUCACUAUAUUCAACUCAAUCAUCAACUGAAACCAAAACCGAACCAGGUUGGGAGUUCAUUACAGCAUCUUAUUUUGCUGGAAAGCCGAUUAAUCAUCAUCAUCAUCAUCAUACACCUCAAACUUCACUUAAACAUCUUCCAGCAUAUCAAAAAUGGGUCACCAAACAAAAGAAACAAUGGCAUGAUCGUAUGAUCUCACAUCAUUCGAAUACAAAAAACUCACCAUCUUCAUUCAAAACCUUAACUCAUUCUGGUCACGAUUGGUGGUUGAUUGAAAAAGAUGAUCAUUCAAGAUUACUUUCAUUAGGUGUGGCUGAUGGAGUAGGAGGAUGGGAAUCAGAAGAUGGAAUCGAUCCAGCAGAAGUAGCUCAAGGAUUGAUGUUUUACUCUUCAUAUUUCUUUGAGCGAAAUCCUUCUCAUCCGCCCCUUCGUACACUCAGCGAUGCAUAUCAAGCCGUUUUAAAUGAUUCAGCUAUCACUGGUGGUUCUUCAACUGCACUCUUAGCACAACUUAAUCCGUUUAAACCCUCAACUCAAUGGGCUUGUUUAGGUGAUUCUACACUUUUGAUUCUGAGAGAGAAGGCUACGAAGAUUUUGAUUUCAACCGAAUCACAAACUCAUUAUUUUAAUUGUCCAUUUCAACUUACUAAGAUACCAAAGGAACAAGGAUGGAAUCCAGAAGAUUUCAAACAACUUGAUCAACCUCAAAAAGCUUCGAUAGGUACACAAGAUUUGAAAGAUGGUGAUCUGGUGAUCCUUUUGACAGAUGGAAUGGCUGAUAAUCUUUGGGUAAAAGAAAUUUCAGAUGUUGUACAAAAAUUAAUGAGUCGUGGAAAAGAUGAUGUGGAGAUGAUGAAUGAUUUAGUUAGAACUUUAUGUGAUUAUGCUCGAAAAGUUAGUUUCAAGACUGACAAGCUCACUCCAUUCGAGGCGGAAGCUCGACGGAAUGGGAUUCAUGAUAUGACAGGAGGUAAAGUGGACGAUAUCACUAUCGUUGCUGCUUUAUGUCGACGCAGGCAAACCUUGUGAGAAGUGCGGAUAUUUUAAGGAUUUAGUACCUCAUCAGCAAGAUCUUUAAUAACUUGUAGUAUUUACCUAUUAUUCGUGAUUUGCAAAUUGAUUAAAACAUUGAUUUGUUAACUCUGAGCCCAUGAUCAAUUCACAUGAUUAUAUGAAAAUCGAUCAUGAUCUGUAAACUGAUUUUUAUGUUGAUUC